UUUUCAAAAAACCAGUCCCUUUCCCGCCUUCCAUUUGAAAAAAGUAUGUACUGCACCACCGCAGCUCCACCGCCGCAGCCGGUACCGGAGACUUGCAGUCAGGGCCACCGCUCCGUCCUCAUUCUCCCAACAGAGGAGGGCGGCUCGAUCUGCCUUUUCUGCCUUUCCGAACUUCUCUCUAACCCCAAAUCCCCCACCAUUCACGUCUCCUACGCUCUCUCCCAGCUCUCUCAAGCCCUUGAUCAGCCUCAUUUUUUUCGCUCUCUUCUCACAUUCCACUCUCACUUCCUCGUUUCCCCUCUCCUCGCUGUCUUGUCCAGCUUUGACGACGAGCCGAUUGCCAAACAGUCCAUUGAUUUGAUCCAGAUAUUAUGCGAUGCUUCGAGAACUAAUUCUAACGGAAAUCAGGAUUUGCGUAAGGACUUCGUGGCUAGGGUUUCGGAUUGUCUUUCCAGCGGCUCGUUGGCUUGGAGUCGUCGCCAGCUGUACAUGGUUCAUUGCUUCGGUGUUCUCUUGGAUAAUCUGGAUUUUAAUCUGUAUAUAUGCAUUAGAAACAAAGACACCCUCAUUCUCAACCUUUUAACAGGGCUUCAGUUGUCAAAUGAUAAUAUCCAGGGGGAGAUUAUGUUUGCUUUAUACAGAUUUUCCCUCCUCCAUUACUCACAUAUUGAUGGUUGUGGCACUGAUGUUUUGCUUGCCUACAGUCCCAAGAUUUUGCAAAUGUCACUUAAUAUUCUUAUGAAAAGCCAAAGUGAUGAUGUUCGGCUUAACUGUCUGGCAUUCUUGAUGGUGUUGGUUCAGCGAGGGUUCUUUCAAAGUGCAUGCACAAAUACAUUGGAGAGCAAUAGCACAUAUUUCUUUGAAGCUGAUAGCUUAAUGCAAAUAACGGAGGAUGCGGACAAUGGCCCAUCUCUGGAAAUCUUGUUUGCUGAGGCAGUCAAAGGGUCCCUGCUUUCUUCUGAUAGUCAAGUCCAAAUUGCAGCAUUGGAUUUGAUCUAUAGAUAUCUUUCAUCCGAAAAUGUGUCACUCAAGGAAUGUCAAGCUCUCAUCGAAGAAAAUAUCGCAGAUUAUGCAUUUGAAGUACUUAGAUUAUCAGGUUGCAAGGAUUCCAUUGUCACCUCGUCAAUUCAGGUUAUUUAUUUAUUAUCGAAUGCCGAGGAAGCCUUCAGACAUCGACUGGCGAUUGGAUUCUCUGCACUAGUUCCUGUUCUGCGUUAUGUAGCUGAAAUUCCUUUUCAUCCUGUGCAGUGCCAAUUACAGAAUCUCAUGUUAAAGUGUGUGCUAAACUGUCCUGGAGUAGUAUCAACCUGCAAUGUUGAGGAAAUAAGUAGUAUCUUGGCAGGGAUGUUUAAGAAACAUACAGCUGGUGAGAUUGGCAUUCUUUCAGAGACAUUCACUUUGUCAUGCUCCAUAUUUGUCACCAUUAUGAAAUGUUCAUCUUCUCGUGGGAGUUUAAGCUUUGCAGCCUCAAUUAAAGAUGCAUUAAGAUCUGCUGUUUCAAUUUGUUUUGGAGACAACCAUGUAAACACAGAUCAAAUAUUGCAUUUUCUUUACCUAAUCAAGGAAGCAUAUGCCUUUGGCCAGCAAGAGGAAUUCCUAGUUUUAUCAGAAAUGAAACUGCAAAAUUUUAUAAUUGACAUAUGCAAACUGAAAAUUUUACCUUGGUUUAUGGGGGUGAUCAAUGUCAUGCAAGAAGAAGCUAUUGCCUUGGGAGUCAUAGAAACAUUUCACUCAAUACUUCUUGAUCCUAAUGUUGGUGCCAAGGAUUUUGCGGAGAGUCUAGUUUUGUCCUCAUGGUUCAGUGGAUUGUUCGGAUGCUUGGGUUUAUUUCCCAUGGAAAAAAUGAAGCAGAUUGUGUAUGUGAUCUUCAGUUCAAUUGUAGAUGUACUCAUAGGAAAUGAUUCAGGGCAAUCUAUUAGGGAUGCUGCUCUCCAUUUGCCAUCUGAUCCUACAGAUUUGCUAUUCCUUCUUGGUCAGAAGAGCUCCCAUAACCCUGAGUUGUUUUGUUGCCAAUCUGCAGUGCUGCUGGUAUUAUAUGUCAGCUCACUCUAUAAUGAUAGGUUGGCUGAUGAAAGGUUGAUACUAUCUUCCCUGGAGCAAUUUAUUUUACUCAACAGUAGUGAUAUCUUCUGCGGAGUCCCUGCCUCAGUAACGGUAGAAUUGUUAGUAAAUCUAUACGGAUUUUACAGGGGUUUCUCUAAAAUGCGCUACCAAAUGCCUUACAGUCCAGAAGCUGAGAGAAUCCUUUUUCAGUUAUUGGAAGAAAAGGAAUGGGACUCACUGUCUACGAAGAUUCAUUUGACAUCACUGAUGUGGUUAUUUCAGCAAGAAAAACUCUGCAAGUCCUUAUGUGAUCAGAUACUGAAGUUCUGCACACGGAACAGCUCUAUUGGUAAAAACAUGGUUCUUGAUAAGGAAACUAAAGAAACAGUGGAUCUUCGUGUCUUUGCUGAGUUGAUAACAUCCGGAGACAAUUAUGUUGCAAUAAUUUUUGUUUGCUUACUGGGAGAUCUUGUCGAAAAUUCUUGCCAAGAUUAUGACAUCAUUGCAGUUCUAGAGGCAUGUAAAGAGAUGAUCGAAAUUGCUCCAGCUGCUUCAGAUCACUUUUGCAUGCAUGGAAUAGAAGGGGUGCUACAGAAAAUUUAUUGUUAUUCGUCUUGCUCUUCCCCUGAAAUAUUCAUAUGUACGCAUCAACUUGUUUUUAUCAUUUUAAAAUCAGUACAGUCUGAAUCACUGCCCAGUGAUGAUGAUUGGAUAGGAAUCACUGUAAAGUUGAUAAACUGCCUGAUCACGGUCGUGGAAGAAGAUGGAUGGACUGAAGAAGUUAUCACUAUCAUUGGAAUUCUUUGUCUGAUUUUGCACCACUCGACAAAGCAGGCACUAACUGAGGCUUCAAAGACCAUAGUUCUGAAUGUUCCUUUGAUCUCAAUUAUUAAUUCCACAAUCUUUGAAGCUUGUUCCAAGGGGCACGCAUUGUUUGAUCAUGAUGAGGGAACAAAGACAGGGGAAGCUCUCAUAUUCGUGCUCCUACUACUCUUUUUCUCCCUGAAAAGUGCACGAGCUACUCUUCCAGGUAUCGUGGAUUUGCAAAUAUUGCUUGCUGAAGGUAUUACAGCCGAGCCACUAUCCUAUCUCAGCAUCCAUUGCCCUGAUUUAUGCAAGAUGAUGCAUUUUGGGUCUGCUCAAGUAAAAAUGAUUGCUUCAUUUUGUCUUUUGGAAAUGUUCAUGGGACUCGAAGACAAUGUAACUGGAAAACCAGCUGUUUUAAACUUCAGAGAAGGCUACCUAUCGUCAAUAUCAGCAAUCUUAGAAGGUCUAAUAUUUUUUGAUGACAUCAAAGUUGCAUUGAACUGUUCCCAAUGUUUGUCAACUCUCAUGACAUGGGAAGUUCACAAAAUAGAAUCACUGUUGCCAGAAAAAUAUGGAUGGUGCAGAUUGAUAGUAGAGGAGCUGGUGAUGUCUCUGUCUGCUCCAACUCUGACAAAAUCGUUGAUGAUUCAUCACAAGCCCGCUUCUAACAUUGCCGUUGCUUUGCUAAAACACAGCAAGGGAUCUCCUUGGAUGACUGGAGUGUUUGAUGAUUCUUCCAUUAGAAGCAUCAUUCAAAAUUUAAGCGCGAGCAAUCUAACCAUUGAACUAGUGACUUUGUUCCGGGAGCUUCUGUGUUCUGGCCUUCUGAACUCCUCUCAUGUUGCUGAUCUGACUCGAGUUUUCCAGGCAUUUAGAAAUCAUGCAUACAUUGAUGAAAUCCAAGAUGGCGGCGUCACAGAAAAUCAGUUGGAGAUCAAUGUAGGCGGCAGCCAAGAUCGUGUGGGCAGAGCUCGUACCUUGCUUACCGGGCUCUUGUCUUCUAUGUCAUAUCCUGACUGUGAGAGGUCACAAAGUAGAAAGAAGCAGUUGCUUGAAGAAAUAGAUUUGUUUAGCAGAUGUUUAAUGGAAAAGGAGGGUCAGUGAUGCAUAUGUAUUGUUCUUAAGACAUUGAAUAGUAAUAUAAUCAUAAAUAUUAGUAGUAGUUGAAACUGAAA